UGAGCGAGAGCGGAGGCACCAAAAGCUGGCGUCUCUGUGCAGCAGCCUCGGCUCCAGCAGCAGCAGGCGCAGCAGCAACCCCCGCAGCGGCGGCAGCCCCGGCGCCAGGAGGCCAAGGCCAAGGCCAGGCUCUGUGCGGCUCUCCGAGUAAUAGCCGCGGCUCCGGCGGCUGCGGGGGCGCAGCUUCCUCCAGCAGGGCCCUUCGCGUCGGCGGCCGCGGCCGCGGGGCCUCUCCUGCGCGCCCAGGGUCACCGUCCCCGAAGCCCGGCGGCGCGGCCCCCUCCCAGCCCCCCAUCCGUCGCCUUCUCGCUCCCCUCAGCCGUCCUCCUCGCCGCCGCCUCUGCCGUUUCUCGGCGGCCCGGCCCGGCCUGCCCGCCCCGCGUCCCCUCCGGCCGGUGCCUCUUCCCCCGGCGGGCUGCCUGCAUGUCUUUGCUGCCCUCAGCCCCGCCGCCACAGCCGCCGCCGCCUCCCCCGCCGCCGCAGCACCAGCACCAGCAGCAGCCGCCCCGCCGCCGCCGCCGCCGUCGCCGCCCGGACCCCGGCGCGCUGAAUGCAGACUAAUAGGGAUGCCAAAGGAAAAAUAUGACCCUCCAGAUCCUCGCAGAAUUUAUACCAUCAUGUCAGCAGAGGAGGUAGCCAAUGGGAAAAAAUCUCACUGGGCAGAAUUAGAAAUCUCGGGUAGAGUGCGGAGCUUAAGUACAUCACUUUGGUCAUUGACACACUUGACAGCACUGCACCUAAAUGACAAUUACCUUAGUCGCAUUCCACCUGAUAUUGCCAAGCUUCAUAAUCUGGUUUACCUGGAUCUGUCAUCCAAUAAACUCAGAAGUUUACCAGCAGAACUAGGAAACAUGGUGUCUCUCAGGGAAUUGCUUUUAAAUAACAAUCUGUUACGGGUUUUGCCUUAUGAACUUGGUCGGCUCUUCCAGCUACAAACUCUAGGUUUGAAAGGCAAUCCUUUAUCACAGGAUAUUCUCAAUUUAUACCAGGACCCAGAUGGAACCCGAAAGCUACUGAACUUCAUGCUUGACAAUCUUGCAGUUCAUCCAGAGCAGCUUCCUCCGAGGCCAUGGAUUACAUUAAAAGAACGAGACCAAAUUCUGCCAUCAGCAUCAUUCACGGUUAUGUGUUACAAUGUGUUAUGUGAUAAAUACGCCACCCGGCAGCUAUAUGGCUAUUGCCCAUCCUGGGCAUUAAACUGGGAAUACAGGAAAAAGGGAAUUAUGGAAGAAAUUGUUAACUGUGACGCAGAUAUCAUUAGUCUUCAGGAAGUGGAAACAGAGCAAUACUUCACUCUCUUUCUGCCAGCAUUGAAGGAGCGUGGAUAUGAUGGAUUUUUUUCUCCAAAGUCACGUGCCAAAAUCAUGUCUGAGCAGGAGAGAAAGCAUGUGGAUGGUUGUGCAAUAUUCUUCAAAACAGAAAACUUUCUAGUAAAAGCCAGAUGGAAAAAUCGGCUUCGACUUAGCCGAGAUAAGGGUGUGUCCCUGCAUUUUCUUGACAGAUUUCUUGAUGUGGUGAGAAUAAAACUGCAAACAGGAUUUACAUUGGUGCAGAAGCAUACAGUGGAAUUUAACCAAGUGGCAAUGGCUAAUUCAGAUGGAUCCGAAGCUAUGCUGAACAGAGUGAUGACAAAAGAUAAUAUUGGUGUCGCUGUGGUAUUAGAGGUCCACAAAGAACUAUUUGGAGCAGGUAUGAAGCCUAUUCAUGCUGCAGACAAACAGCUGCUUAUAGUGGCAAAUGCCCACAUGCAUUGGGACCCAGAGUAUUCUGAUGUGAAACUCAUUCAGACCAUGAUGUUUGUCUCAGAGGUUAAAAACAUUCUGGAGAAAGCCUCAAGUAGGCCUGGCAGCCCAACUGCAGAUCCUAAUUCCAUCCCGCUGGUGCUAUGUGCAGAUCUUAACUCAUUGCCAGAUUCAGGUGUUGUGGAAUAUUUAAGCAAUGGAGGAGUAGCUGACAACCAUAAAGACUUCAAGGAACUAAGGUACAAUGAGUGUCUUAUGAACUUCAGCUGCAACGGAAAGAAUGGAAGCUCAGAAGGGAGAAUCACACAUGGCUUCCAACUGAAGAGCGCCUAUGAAAAUAACUUGAUGCCUUACACCAAUUACACCUUUGAUUUCAAAGGCGUGAUUGACUACAUUUUCUAUUCCAAGACUCAUAUGAACGUGCUUGGUGUCCUGGGGCCUUUAGAUCCUCAAUGGCUGGUUGAGAACAACAUCACUGGGUGUCCACACCCUCACAUCCCUUCAGACCACUUCUCACUGUUAACACAACUUGAACUCCACCCUCCACUCCUGCCUCUUGUCAAUGGUGUUCACUUGCCUAAUCGGAGGUAGUGGAGUACUGCCCCGCAAAGACGGGGAUCUGUUACUAUGGACCUGUACAGUUGUAAAUCAAAGUAUGUAGGAGUGAAGUAUGGCCAUCCUUAAGCUGCUUCUUCAGGUUCCUUUCAUUAUGUGUUUGCUAUAAGAUUUUGUACAAUUUUGUGCAUAUUGGUAUCAUUUGGCACUAGGGCUGGAACCAAAGUAUUAUCACUCUCUUUCCAGAUUUUUAAUUUAACAUGUUUUUAAGUUGGACCUUCUUCAUAUUAUAUUAGGAGUCAGCAUUCAUAAUUGAUAAAUCACCAAUUCAAGGCCCAACAACAGGGUAUUUGUUUUUCCAGAACAAAUACUUUCUUUUGAAUGGUUUCAAGUGAGCCAACCAUUUUUCAUUUUUGUGAAAGGCAGUUUUUAAAAACUAUAAAUAAAAGAUUUUAAACUGAAUGAUGGCAUGCCUUGCAGGAAACUGCCUUGAAUUUCUGUUUUCCAUGAUAACAAACUGAUUUUUGGCUCCCCAGUCAUUUGCACAUUAACAAAGCACUUAAAUUUGCUAGAUCUGUACAUAAACUAGCCAUAAUGAGAAAAACUGAGAAAUGAAAGGUGAUUGCACAAUAUGGUUUCAAAAUCAAGCAUUUAACAGCACACAACAAUUUGUUGGGGAAGUGCUGGUUGGUUUUUUUUAUUUGUUUGUUUUGUUUUUUGAGGAAUCGUUCUGUAUUUUGUUCCCCUAUUAGUUAUAACCUUACUAGAAGUGUUAAUUCUAAGCCUGUCUGUUCAGUUUCUUUAUAGGAAAACAACGGGUAAUUUCUACUGCCACACAUCUUGAAAAUAGAAUUUGGUCUAUUUAGGGUGCCCACAAAAUUAGUGUCCAGUAUUUUUUAUUGUUUCCAUCCACCCUUUUCUGCCUGGUUGUGCUGGAAAAAACAGAUAUUAUAUGAUCUGUAUCAUUUUUGCUGUUAUGGUCAAAUGUUUAAAAAAUAACUACCGAAUGAAAAGGCCCUGAUCAAAGUUUUAGAAGAAGAAAGCUACAAAUAUUCCAUGUGUUUCCCAGAGUAGGUCAAGUGGCUGAUGGUUUUGGCUUUUUGAGGUGACAGUGGAAAGGAUUUGGGAGAGAGAACAGGGAGUAGUUGAAAACCUUGGAUCAUUUUUCCUGACUCUAGUUGCCAAAUGGCCAUUAUAUGCUUUUAAUCUUUGUUUCCGUUGUCUGUCAGGGUUGAAUUAAGAAGCUACUGGUUUAUUCCCAACUGUUGAUGCUCUUUAGAUAUGUUAGAAUCCUUUUUUCGCCCAGGAGGGGCCAGUUGAAAAAUCUGUGACUCAAGAGGCAGUGGUUGAAAUACCAUUUAAUGGGGGAAAAAUUGGUUGGCUACUUGAUGUUAAUUAUGGCACAGUAACAGGAAAAGGUUGUGUCUGUGUUUUUAAGUUUUUCUUUAUUCUGCUUUUUUGCUGCUAUAAGAGUUUUCUGAAAUUUAUAUUUUAAACUUUUCAUGCACUUUACUGUUUCUAGUCUCAAAAUGUGAUAUUUUUAAUAAACAAGAAACUUUCCAUUAUGUGAAUGAAAUUUUAAAAGAAAAUAGCCUAUAUUUGUGUUUCACUAAUAUAUAAAGUACAGGUCAAAUUUAAAUUAUUUAAUUAGUUUUAAAUAUAUACAAUUUGUUUCCUCUUUCAAACCUGACAUCUUAGGCUGUUUUAUUAGUCUUAAAUGAUGCAUUUCCUGUGGUCAUUUUAUACUAAUUUCUUCCAUAGUAAAUUAAUCAGGCUACAUAAUAUGAUAUUUCCCCUGAAGGGUAAUUUUAGUGCGACGAGGGAGGUGGGUUGAUGUAAUGUCAUAUAUGGGAUUGCAUCAGAAGGGUUCUGUAAAGCCUAAACUCCCUUUUAAAAGUGCCUAGUGAUAGAGGCGUUGUUUGUCAUCUAUUAUAAUUGGAAUGUCAUUGUAGUUGAGUGAAGUUUGAUGUAAAUAAAAUAUUCUUUUAAAAAUGUCAAGAUAUCAGAAUAAACAAAAUAAACAAAGAAACAACCCUUAAGAUGACAGAUUUUCCUCAAUGUGCAGGUAUCCCUUCUUAUAUACCUCAAGCAUUCAACAUCUAGCCAUGCAAAUUGAUUACAUAGUACUGGAAAGUAGAAUAGCAUGAAAAACUUAAUUUUGUGGACAUUACCUUUUUUUGUAAUCAGCUACUGUAUGUUUUAUUUUAAAUCUUUUGUUUUGGGUGGGUUUUCUGCUCUGGAGGUAUAUGCACUAACAAAACAUUUUCCUCCUUUCAUCUACGCAUGUUAAUUAGCAAUGUGAGCAAUAUUUCUUACCAUACUUCACUCCCAAUAUUUUUUGAGAUGUUUGUAUAAAAUGGAAUUUAAAGUUCACUUAUGAUUGUAUAUGAACCACAGAGGAGCCCAUUUAUUAAUAAAAAAACCUUUUUUAAUAGUUAAAUGUAGAGGGAAAAAUAAAAAAAAUUGGGAAACAUUGUAAACAGCUUAAGUUUAUUUUGUGUAUGAUUGAGGCACUCUGUUGCAGGAAGGUGUGUAAUUGGGUUCUCUCUGCUUCCAAAUGCACUCUUUCAAACCAUUCAUUAUCCUGUGUAUUUUUAAUGUGGUUUUAGUAAAUGUUGGUAGUAGCUCUGUUAAAGUAGGUAAUUGUGUUCUGUUUUGGGUGGCAAACACACUUGGGGCAUGGUAACCCAAAUUUCAUGUGCACGGUUUCCCUUCAGCCCACUGCCCAAAUUUCACACACCCUUCACCCUUUGUUCCCUUUGUAAAAGGAGUGGUAUCUGUUUUGAGCUGCCAAUUCAGAUGAUCAGAAAUGCUGCUCUCCUCAGUAUUGUCUUGUUAAAAACACAUGCCAUUUGGACCUUUGGCAUGAAAAGCCAAAAGGAAGAGGUGAAUGACAUAUGGUAUAUAUUCAGUGAAAGUAAAAUAUUUAUGCUCAUAUACUUUCUGGUUCUCAGAAUAAGUUAAUAAGCUUUAUGCCGUGGGGCUGCUGCAUAUUUUAUCUGAAGAUAAGAGAAAAUUUGGGCAUUUUUAGAUUGUGAUAAUGUUUUUUUUUAACUGUUAAAUAUGAUUUCUGAUAUUUUUCUAAGAACUGGAGUGUUCUUUAAAUUUAUUGAAACCGUGCUGUUUGAGGAGGGGAAAACUGCACUGUUUGGCAUUACAGCAGUCAUACAGUGCAUGUCGUCACUCACUCUCUCAGGCAUCAGUAUCCGCCUCAUAGCUUUACACAUUUUGAUGGGGAGUCUUGCAGCAUCCUCAGGACUGACAUCUGGGAAAGGCUCAAAUCCACGUACUGCUCCUUGCUUGUUGACUUUGUUUUAAAAUAUUGUGCCUGGUGUCAACUUUUAAGCAACAGCACUGCCUAAAAGCAAGCAGAGAACAGAAUCCCAGCACCAUUCUAUAGGCAACUUUUUAGAAUUCAAAUAUAGUAAAUCUGUUCAAGAUUUAUGAUGUUUUAUGUAAAAAAAUUUUUGUACAACGUAGCUGAAUAUUUUUGUUUCAUUUCUUUGAUGUAAGGCGUGUGAACGUUCGUUUGAAUAUCACAUGUUAAAGUCAGGUAUGGCACAAUGGGUUCUGAGACCAGCUUUUCCUCCCUCCCAUUUGCCUUGUUCCAAGCUCUUUCUUUUCAAAUUACUUUUCUGCUAUUCAUAGGCAAAUAUUUAAUUUUACUAAUAAGCAUCCUGUGUGAAUGUAUUACAGAAGCCACUGUGUUUUAGUGUUGUAGUUUGCAGAAAUAUAAAGCUUCAUUUCUUAUUUGUCCCUAUUUGGUGUUUUAAAGUUACUUAUUAAAUCACAGAGAAGCAAGGGAGAAAGUUGAAAGAUCCUGAAGGCUCAUAUCACUUGAUUCUACGGUGGGUUGUAUUAGAAUUGAGGAUGUGACACAUUAAAACUGGAACACGGGCAAUCAUAUGGUGUUCCAUUUUAAAAUUGUAUCUCCUAAGUAUAUACCAUUAAAUGGGUGAAAGAUUAAGUUUGUAUUUGCAUUUCCAAGAGUUUCUAAAAAUCACUAGUGCCAUGUAUAAUUUCAAAUCAAAUAGCAAAGCAUAGAGAAAGCACAAGAAAAAAAAAAAAGGUUAAAUGUGUUCUUCGAUGGAACCAGAGGCAUAUGGUUCUUCAUUCCCAAUCCAAGGCUAGAUUUUCUAGCAAUAAAAAUUGACUGUGUCCCCAGUACUUAGUUCUUUGUUUCUAAGGUCUUGUAUUCUAAGUUUCUGAGGGAUUUUAAUAGCUUUGUAAAAUGCACUGACUGAUCAGUAGCUUCAGUCACGGAAAACGUCAUCAGUUUCUGAUAAAUUUGGCAGGCCCUGAGAAUAAUGGUUUCCUAGCAAGCAAAGACUUUAGUGCACAUUUUCAAAAUAGCACUCACAGAAGUGUGAGUUCUCACAUUUGUAAGGUAGUCUUUCUCUUCUACCUGUCCUCCCCCUUAAAAAAAAAAAACACCUUUCUAAGGUGUAGAAGAUUUGUUUAACCUUUUCCUUCUGAACUGUAUCCUGUUUGUAGAACUCUGUGAAUUAUUGGUACACAAAUUAACUAGGGAAAUUAGAAUAUUUUUCUAAUUUAGGAGCUUUAGAGUUUUGAAUUUGUAGACAGAUGAGAACUUUUAUACUUAUGGUUGCUUUGAGUGAUUGUAAUUUUUUAACAGCAUCAUGAUUACUAAAUUUGAAUUCAAACCUAAGUAAAUUAGUUCAUCUUAACCUGGUUUACUUACCAAAGUUGUAAUCUGUUUAAGAACAGGAUGCCAAGAACAUCUUGUGUUUUACAACAUGAUACAUCUUCAUUGUGUGUCACCUUAAAGCUUAAAAGAAAAAAGAAGGUUCUUAUACCUAUACUGCAGGGUGUUCUGAACAAGAUCCACAGAAAGAAAAAGGUAGUUCUUUUCAGGAAGGUGGUAAGGGAGAACGUGCAUGUUUCUCGUUUUUAACCAGAUGCCUUGUGUAAGUUUCUCUGUUAAAUCACAAGUUCUAUAAGAAAUAGGGAAAUACCAGGAAAAGCAAGCUUUAUUAGCCUAGUUAGUAAUUUCUUUUGGCAUAAGUUUGUUUGGUUAGACUUGGUUAUUCUUGGAACCAAAGGAAAACAAGCAUGUUGAGGUUUUAUUCAACAAACAUUAUGACAUCGAAGUAAUGGAAUUUUAAGUAAAAUAAUUUUCACUUUCAAAGCAUGUGAAAUAAGGACAUUUCUGCAUAUUAAAUGUUAAUUUUCUAUGGCAGUGGUAUAAAAUUUAGUAGCAUUGUACUGACACGAGAAAUUGUGUCAUCAGAAAUAAAUCACAUUAUGAAGAGUGUUUGCAAAUGCCAAGUGAUACGAGUCUUUUGGCACAGUAGCAUUGGGUGUAUUCAGCUUCCAGAAACUUUCAGAAGGCAUAGUUUGGCGCCUACUAGUUGUUGUUUUUGUUACAACAGUCUCCCCAAAUUUAGAUAAUUUCCCUAUUCGUAUGUCUGUCACUUUUAACUCGAAAGCAUAAGAAUCACGGUAGCCCUCUCAGAAGUGGUCCUUUCUUGCUCAUUUCAGUUUUGUGUUAGUUCCUAAUUACUGAUAUAUGACUGUUUCCUUUCAAGUUAUCAAUGGUUAUAUGUACCACAUUUGUUUAAUGAGUUAACUCACACAAUUGGCUCAGCGUUGAUGUGUCAAACAAUGGCUUUGCUUCUCACCGAACAGGCUUAGUUUCCCGCUACUUGUUUAAAUCUUGACGCAGUAAGUGAUGCAGUAGUCUGGGUGUGUAUUUAUUCAGAAACUGUACUGUCCUUUCUCUGUGCUUAAUUUGCUUAAAAUAUAUUUCCUUACCUUUGAAAUUCUUGAGCGGUGCUCUGCCAGGUUUUGGGGGUAUGACUUGGAUGGCUGUGUUGCUGCACACUGGGUGUGGAAUUGUUCAGUGUUGUGAGUGGCAAAUUUCUUAAACACCAGCAGCACUGAGAAGUGCACUAUGGGCAUUCGUACAGUUGUCCACAUGCAAGCAAUUCUUUCAUCUAGGAGAAGCUGAAGGGUAGGAUUCGUUGGAGUACUUAGUAUAUUUUGAGAGGGAUGAAUGUUUCACCUUUGGGUUUUGUUGUCUGAGUGGAGUGGGGCGGCAUGGAGGGAGGUGGGUUUUGUUUGGGGUUUUUUGGAGAGUGUGUAUGUACCUUUUCUCUCUGAAAGGGCCAGGGUGUUGGUCAAAUUCACCGUGGAUUAAUUUAUAUAUUUUUUUCUAUUGUGAUUUCUUUCAACCAUAAAACAAGUGCCAACUAAUUGUCCGUGAGAUGACUGACUCUUCCACUCAGUUUACCAUUUGAAUAGGGAAGGGCUCAUUUAUUUUAAUUUCUUGGCAUUAAAUGAAUCUCCAUUGUUUUGCAUACAUUUGAGUCAUUCUGUGGCCUCUAAAGUGUUUUUGUAACUAAUUUCAUGGUUGGAAAGCAAAGCACAUGAGUUUAAAACUGAGCAAGAAGUUUUGGUAAGUUUCCUUGCAAACUUGGUAGUUUCUAUUGAUGCUAUUCCAAGACAGAUUCUACUGUUUUAGGUUGUGUAUUUACUUUGCUUUUGUCCUAAGAAAAAGCCAAGCCCUAAAUCAAUUUGUUAACGUGUUCUAAUAAUCAAUUUAAAAUCUGAGAUUUUCUUCCUUCUCUUUUAAUCAGAAGAUUUAAUGAAGUGCCAUGUAAUCGUGGGUUACUAGUGUUUAAUGUUUGAUAGCCUGGUUCUGUGGUGUCCUAAUCAUUUAACACUCUGUCAUCCCCGGAGAAAGUGGUUCUACUCUUACGGAACACAUUCUCUCUGACAAAAUCACCAGCUGCUUUAUUUUUCUAUUUAUUACGGUUAAACAGUUGAUGAGGUCUGUAUCUUGACCAAACUGCUCAGCUGAGAUGUUUUUCACAAUAGACACUGUACAAAAUAUGCGUGCAAAAGGACACAGUUGGGUGGUAGUAUUUUUUCAUUAAUGUGAACAUUGACUAAACAAAGCAGUCCUGCCUUUUAAAUCUUGUGGCAGCUCAGGAGGGAGGUGCUUAAGAACCUUAACUACUAUGUCAGAUGACAAAAUACUUUUUUCCAUUUUGGAGAUUGGGUACUGCUCACACAUGAUGUAUAGGGCUAAAUAUAUGCUUGUUUCCUCGCACCUGUGUACUUCCCCUUCUCUCCCUCCCAUUCCUUCCCCUGUAGGCAAUAAAUGGCCAUUUUGCAACUGCA